CGCGCCGAUGGCGGAGUUUCAUUCCGUCUCCAUGCCUGUUGUACACAAUACACGACUUUGGAUCCCAUCGGGCUUGGCCACCGAUGAAAUUUGGACGGCACUGCAGAAUCUCGCCCCAGACAGUCCGUUGAUGCAAAUUCAUGGACACCCCGCAUUUUGACAGUCCGAGGGUCGUCGCUACAAAAGGACCCAUGCCCCCAGCUUCCAGACUUUCUGCUCAAAGCAAAUUCCUUGCAAAGCUCCGAAACACCGGAAACUAUGGAGAAGCAAGUUGUGGCAGAGAAGGACCAACGUCAGGAACCCGGGGAUUUGCUCCAUCUCGAGAAAUCCGGAUUAGGCGACCACGCCGGUCUCGAUGACUCCAAUCUCCCUCGAUACGAUGACAAGGAAACGAAGCGUAUUCUGCGCAAGGUCGACUAUCGGCUUCUUCCAAUGCUGACCUUGUUGUAUGUCCUCGCAUUCUUGGAUCGUGGGAACAUUGGCAAUGCAAAAGUUGCUGGCAUGAACAAAGAGCUCAAACUCACGGGCACCCAAUACAACAUCGCCUUGACGGUCUUCUUCUUUCCCUACAGUAUCUUUGAAGUGCCCAGCAACAUUGUUCUCAAACUCAUGCGGCCAUCUCUGUGGAUCACCAUUCUCAUGCUGAGCUGGGGCGUGGUUAUGACUCUUCAAGGGAUCGUCCAAAACUACCACGGCCUCAUCAUCACCAGAACACUCCUGGGGUUGACUGAAUCAGGUUUCUUCCCUGCCGCAACCUAUCUGUUGACAACAUGGUACUGUCGGUUCGAAGUGCAAACUCGCUUGUCAAUUUUCUUUUCUGCAGCGUCCAUGGCCGGCGCAUUCUCCGGCCUCCUCGCCUUUGCCAUUGAGAAGAUGGAUGGCGUCGCAGGCCUUGGGGGCUGGCGUUGGAUCUUCAUCCUGGAAGGCAUAUUCACUGUUGUCAUCGGUAUCUCGCUGCAUUGGACACUCCCUGACUCUCCAGAAUCGGCAAGCUUCUUGACACCUGGCGAGAGCGAGUUUAUCAUACGCCGCCUCAGGCAAGAUGCAGGCACAUCAGCUGGUCAAGUUCGCACAAACGACGGCUUCCAAUGGCGUUAUCUCCGUGCCGCCCUCAGCGACUGGAAGAUCUAUUUUGCCGUCAUCAUUUACUGGGGUAAUUCCAUCUGCCUGUAUGGUUUUACGUACUCCGCACCCACCAUCAUUCUCGGCCUUGGUUACACCGCUGCAGACGCGCAACUACUUACUAUCCCUAUCUACGUUGUCGGUGUAUGCAGUACGAUCUUCUUCUCUGUGCUUGCGGAUCGACAUCAAACUCGUUGGCCUUUCAUCGUUAUUCCGUUCAGUAUUGCCCUUGUUGGGUUCAUCGGCUUGCUGUCGAUCCCGCAUCCGAAAUUGCCAGGACUUACAUAUGCCUUUUUGUUCACCAUCCCUGGCGGUGUCUACCCGCCACUUAUUGGUUGUCUGUCAUGGGUCGCCAAUAAUCUUGCACCAACCUGGAAGAGAGCGGUCGGUAUGGCGGUGCUCAUCAGCAUUGGGAAUAUGGGCGGCGCGAUUGGCUCCAAUAUCUUCCUUGCUCAACAGGAGCCGCAUUAUUGGCUCGGUUACGGUCUUGCACUGGGUAUGGUUUUAGCGGCUAUCAUCGCUACCUUCGUUCUCCGGAUUGCGUAUGGUAGACUCAACAAGAAAAGAGAUCAAAUGAGUGAGGAGGAGAUUCGUGCCAAGUAUACAGAGGAGGAACUACUCGAUCUCGGCGACAAAUCACCCCUGUAUCGAUACGUACUUUGACCACAGGAUACUUCGCUCAAAGUUCGGUCUUCCCGCCAGUAGCCUUUGUUGAGGGCAACUCAGCUUCCUCAGAGAUGUCUGGCUCAUUACCUUGAAGCAAUUCAACG